UAACCACCGUCAAUGGCCAAUCUCUAUCAACUUCUCAUCUCUUCUCUCAUUAUACUCUCCAAUUUAACUCCGUCACUUCAAACCCACUUCGCAACCACACCGCCGUUGCCGGUGUCACCCCUUCCGUCGUACUCUCAACUCAAAUGGCAACAAAGAGAGAUCAUCUUCUUCCACCAUUUUGGAGUCAAUACGUUUACAAACUCCGAAUGGGGUACCGGAAAAGAAAAUCCGGCCAUUUUUAACCCGACGGGGCUCAACACCGCCCAAUGGAUCGACGUGGCCGUCCAAACCGGAGUCUCCCUCUCGAUCCUCACUGCUAAACACCAUGACGGCUUUUGUCUUUGGCCAUCUAAGUACACCGACCACUCCGUCAUCGGAAGUCCGUGGCGGGACCACCGUGGAGACGUGGUUAAAGAAUUUACCGACGCGGCAAAGGAUCGGGGUGUAGACAUCGGAUUGUAUCUUUCUCCGUGGGAUCGUCAUGAUAAACGAUACGGAAAAAUAAUACCGUACAAUGAAUACUACAUGGCUCAAUUACAAGAAUUGCUCAACAAAUAUGGAAGUGUAAACGAGAUAUGGUUUGAUGGGGCAAAAGGUUCAAAUGCGCCAAAUAUGAGUUAUCUUUUUAGUGAUUGGUUUUCAAUGGUCGAGGAACUACAAAGCACUAUUAAUAUAUUUUCCGAUGCCGGUCCCGGUGUACGGUGGGUCGGAAAUGAAGAUGGGUUCGCCGGAACUACGUGUUGGUCCACCAUUAACCGGACCUCGUUGUCCAUCGGAAAUGGAAGCAUCGUCGACUAUCUGAACACCGGAGAUCCGAGAGGGAAGGAUUGGCUACCGGCGGAAUGCGACGUUUCGAUUCGACCUGGAUGGUUUUGGCACAAAUCAGAAUCUCCCAAAAAACUCAGCCAUUUGCUCCAGAUUUACUACAAUUCUGUUGGCCGGAACUGCGUCAUGUUACUCAAUGUUCCACCAAACACCACCGGAUUAAUCUCUUCAAACGACAUUCAACGAUUGAAGGAGUUUAAAGGCGCAAUCGAUACAAUUUUUUCCAAAAACUUGGCCGAGGAUUGUUCUGUAAAAGCCAGUAGCAUCAGGGGAGGUAAAGGUAGUGGAUUCGGACCCGAAUCGGUGUUGGAUCAUGACCAUUUAUGGACGUAUUGGGCUCCCAAAGAUGAUGAUGGCAAAGAGGACCAUUGGAUUGAAAUUAGAGCAACAAAAGAAGAAUUGAAAUUCAACGUGGUGAGGAUUCAAGAAGCGAUCGGGUUGGGACAGAGGAUCAAAAGACACGAAAUAUACGUCGACGGGAAACGAAUUGCCAAAGGGACGACGGUGGGAUACAAGAAGCUCCAUCGGCUUGAAAAUGGAGUCGUUACCGGGCAUACUAUUAGGAUCCGGGUAAUCGGGUCACGAGGGAUCCCUUUAAUUUCUUCGAUCGGACUUCACUUUGAUCCUUUUUGGCACCCAAUUGAGAAGUAAAGAUUUGCUUUUUUUCUACCUUUUCCCGAGAAAGUUGUGAUUACAUCUAUCCACAAAGCAACAUUUAUGGGUUACAUCUUGUGA